GUUCAAUCCCAGCUCGGCGCUUUAAUUUUUUGGCUACAGUUCUCGAUCGGGUCUUUAUUUUGGACCUACAGUUCUCAAUCGGGCCGGCCCAAUCGUAAACCGCCUGUGCGUGCGAGCGACGACCUGCCGCAGAGAGCGGCAGGUAGGAGCUCCCCAAUUUCUGAACAGAUCUGUUAGGUUCCUGCUGUUAAGUGGACGAAUCGAUCCCGGUUCCUUUGAUAUGCUCUUCCAUAUGCCCAUUUCGACAAAUGGAUGUUUUUUCUGACACAUGCGGUGUGGAGCCUGACUUGAAAAUUUUGGUGCCGGCAGGACCAUUGAUUCUUGAGAAUGAUUCAUCCCACAAAGCAAUUUUAGUACUGUACCAAACAUGAAGUAAAAGUGUAAAACAUGAACCACCUCGCACAACAAACAGACGCGCCAUACCUACUCUGCGCCGCGGAAAAUGUUUUACAAAACACACACACAGUACAGUUGGGAGCUUGUUAGGAUGUUCGAACACUUUACCACUAAACUACUCAUCACGCGUAUUUCCCUGCUUAACAGCUUAUACUCGUACUUCGAACAACACCGACCCCGCCCUUAAAAAGCCAUCUAACCCCUGUAAUUAACCUCCACAAAGGACGUGCAGAAGCACACACAAAAAUAAUCUUUUUACCAUGGGCAUGGCCACCGCAGCCGCCGCGACGACGGCCGCUCCGGACAGGCUCCGGCAGCCGUGCAGGCCGAGGCCGGCGGCGCAGAUCUCCUCCUCCAAGAACCGCGCGCCCAAGGCGCCCGUGGUGAUCGCGCACGAGUGCCCCAGCGCGAUGCGCGCCCACGUCCUGGAGGUGCCCGCCGGGCGCGACGUCCUGUCGUGCGUCGCGGCGUUCGCGCGGCGGGGGCGCUGCGGCGCGCUGGUGCUGGGCGCCGCCGGGCACGUCGCGGACGUCGUGCUCAGGGAGCCGGCGCUGGUGCUCCGGGGCACGACGGAGAUCCUGAGCCUGGCAGGGUGCUUCUUCCCGUCUCCCUCGGCGUCAGCGGCGGGCGUCGCGGUGUUCCUGGCCGGGCCGCGAGGCAGCGUGCUGGGCGGCGCCGUCGCGGAGGGAGGGCUCGUGGCCGCCGGUCCGGUGGUGGUGAUGGUGGCCACGUUUGUCGCGGCUGCGAUCGACCGGUUGCCUCUGGUGAAGGGGGACGGAUCCUCCAAGGCGGACGGGAGCGACGUGCACGGCGUGGCCGGACAGUGGCGGUGCGGCGGCCAGCCGCUGCAGCAACAGUGCGGAUGGGCGCCGCUGCGUCGGAAGCUGGGCGCGAAGAGCUGAACCGUAUGCACCGAGUGGAGAAUAUAGAUUGGGCCGUCAUAUUGUUCGUUGGCAAGCAGGCCGAAGUGGAGUUUUGGUCCAAGCUUUGAAAAAAAAAAUCCAUGUUCUGCUUUUAUCUUCUUUGGCUGUGAGACAACAGAAACUUUUCAAUGUCUCGAAAGAAACACAAACUUUUCAUGAAGAUACAGUAUUAAAAAUACUCCCUACGUCCACAAACAUGAGAUGUUUUGGAUAUCUCAACAUGGAUUAU